UUUGGCAUGCCAAACCCAAAAACCCAAGCCCAGAUGAGCCUCACAUUUCCUCCACCCUCUUUAUAAACACCACCAAACCACAAUUUUUUCUUGGUUUCAGCCUCUUUCUAGUUAUAACUCUCUUUGUCUUCUUCAGUUUUCAUUUGUGCUCUCACAUUUCUCCUCUCAACAAGUCACCAUGGCUCAGAAGGUGGUGUUGAAGGUCUUGACCAUGACUGAUGAGAAAACAAAGCAGAAAGCCAUUGAAGCUGCGGCAGAUAUCUUUGGGAUUGAUUCGAUCGCGGCAGAUCUGAAGGACCAGAAGCUCACAGUGGUGGGGAUGAUGGACACAGUUGCAGUGGUGAAGAAGCUGAAGAAGGUAGGUAAAGUCGACAUAAUAUCUGUUGGUCCAGCCAAGGAAGAGAAGAAAGAAGAAAAGAAAGAUGAGAAAAAAGACGAAAAGAAAGAGGGCGAGAAAAAAGAAGAAAAGAAGGAAGACAAAAAAUAAACACCUGUUCGUCGAUCAACUUCCUGUAAUGGUAGGCCAACUUCCUGUAGUGAUAGACUCGUUCAUGUGAAACUAGUCUGCUUCCGGGUGAAGCUGUGUUGUAAUUUACAUGCGUUAAUGCAAUGUAAAAUUUACUUUUCGGGAAUGUAAGGGUUUGAUAAUUUUGUUUUCUUGGCGAUGUAAAAUGUAAAUAAGAAGCUGUCCAGAUUCAGAAA